CUGGGGGGGCUUCCAGCACGGCCCCCCCCCAGCUCUCCCUGUGAGGCCAUGCUGGGCCCCCCCCCCCAGCCCGCUGGGGGUCAGGACGCGUCCCCCUCAGGGGGGGAUCGGCGGGGGUCCCCGGGUGGCACGUCCCCAUACGUGGGGCCAGGCCGGAGUCCCCCAGCCCCCCCUCACCUGCGCUGGGGGCCCGAGGCGAUAGCACCCCUUGCCCUUGCUCAUGACGGUGCCCCCCAUCCCCAUCCCACCCCCGUCCCCGUCCCCCUCCCCGGGGCUGCGCAGCGCAGUAGCAGGAAGCCGUGGCGUCACGAGGAGCCAGCCUGGGUGACGAGGGGCACGGUGGUGCUUUGGGGGCGAGGACAGCCUGGGGACAGGGACCCCUCGGGGACAGGACCCCCCCUCGGGGACGCAGCCCCUCAGAGCAGGGGGCUGCGCUGGCACGGGGAUGUGGGAGCUCGGGGUCCUCAUCCCCCUCCUUGGCGUGGGUGCCCUGCGGGUGAGCCAGGAGCCGGGCGAGGCGUGGGUGGCGGCGGGCGGCGGCGUGGCCCUGCAGUGCCGGGUGCUGGUGGCCGAGCCCUGGGACCUGCUGCGCCUCGAGUGGGUGAAGGACGUGGGGCGCGGGGUGCUGUGUGCCACCCGCCUGCGCCCCGCCGCCCCCGUCCCCUCGUUCCUCUGCGCCCCCCGCCUCCGCCUGGCCUGGCACCCCCCCCGUGCCACCCUCAGCCUCCAGCAGGCGCGGGGGGACGACGCCGGGCGCUACCUCUGCCGGGUCACCCUCGAGAUCCCCCACCACAGCACGGUCACCGGCAACGGCACCCUGCUCGGCGUCGGCACAGCAGCACCUGAUGGAGGACAUCCGGGGCUGGUGUGGGGGCUGGUGGGGGCCCUGGGGGGCACGGCCCUGCUCCUGGGGCUGGCCCUCCUCGGCCGCCGGUGCUGCCGCAGGAACUCAGACACGGACAUCUACCUGAACGUGCUGCACCCCUCGGCGCGGGCCCCCAGGAAGCUGGUGCCACCCCCCGUGCUGAUGGAGAACAGCACAUACCAGGAGGGGCCGCCGUGGGCACCGCGCCCCCCCCCCACCCCCCGGCCCUGAGAGGAGCCGUACCCCCGUGUGCCGCCGGUGCACGGCUGGGGGGGGGGGGCACCCCUCCCCUGCUCUGCCUUUCUGCAGAAAGCCCCCCAAAAAGCUGUUUUGCAGGA